AUGUGUGUACUCGCAGCAAUUUUAACAGCAAUCUACUUCUUGAUCGGGAUCUCUCCCAUCCAGGCAUAUCCCGACUAUUCUCGCCUCCAGUAUCAACUACGAGACGCCUACGACGGACCUACAUUUUUUGAUCAUUUCAACUACUACUCUGAUGUCGACCCAACGAGUGGAUUUGUCAGCUACGUGAGUCAACAAUCCGCCCAAUCCAAAAACCUCACCUACGCCGCUCCCAACUCUGCCAUCCUCCGCGUCGACGCAUCCACAUACAAUCCCACCAAGGGCCGCGAAUCCGUCCGCAUCGAAUCCAAGAAGAGCUACGAUGCAGGCCUCUUCCUCUUCGAUAUCUUCCACACCCCGUACGGCUGCGGCACCUGGCCCGCUCUCUGGAUGACGGAUUCUCAGAAUUGGCCGAAUAAUGGAGAAAUCGACGUGGUCGAGUCGCACAACGCGGGCACUCAUGGGAAUGAGAUGUCGCUGCACGCGGCUGGGGCGUGUAGUAUGGGUGGAGAGCGUCGACAGACUGGGAGUGUCGAGUCGAACGAGUGUAAUAUCGCCGUUGGCGGAAAUGCAGGAUGUGCGGUCAUGGGCGAUUCUUCGAUAUUUGGGGCGGAAUUCAAUGCGCGAGGUGGAGGGAUCUGCGCAUUAGAGCUCCGCGACGCAGGAGCUCGAAUCUGGGUUUUUCAUCGGGAUUCGCUUCCAGCAGAUCUCUCCACCGGUGGACAAUCACCGGAUCCUUCAUCAUGGGGUACUCCUCUCGCUGAUUACCCCAGUAGCUACUGCGAUAUCAAGACUCAUUUCCGCAAUCUGAGCAUCGUGGCCAACAUUGAUCUGUGCGGAGAGUACGCUGCCAUGGCACCUCACUAUACGCAAAUGUAUAGUUGUCCAGGGUCGUGUGCGGACUUUGUGGCGAUGAAUCCGGCAAACUUUGAUAAUGCCUAUUGGGAGUUUGGGGGGAUCAAGAUUUACCAGGCCAUCUGA